AUGGAUCCCGAAGGCCUGGCGCUCCUGCUGCCCCCGGCCACGCUGGACGCCCUGGCGGACAGCUGGCUCCAUGAGGACUGCCCGGGCCUGGACCUGGCGGCCGCGGCCUCGGGGGCGGAACCGGCGCAGGCGGCGCUGUGGGCCAAGUCCCCGGGCGUGCUGGCCGGGCGGCCCUUCUUCGACGCCGUGUUCGCCCGCCUGCACUGCCGCGUGUCCUGGCUGCUGCCCGAGGGCGCGGCGCUGCGGCCGGUGGCGCGCGUGGCCGAGGUGCGCGGCCCGGCGCACGCGCUGCUGCGGGGCGAGCGGCCGGCCCUGAACGCGCUGGCGCGCUGCAGCGGCGUGGCGAGCGCGGCGGCCCGGGCCGUGGCGGCGGCGCGGGGCGCGGGCUGGGCCGGGCGCGUGGCGGGCACGCGCAAGACCACGCCCGGCUUCCGGCUGGCGGAGAAGUACGCGCUCCUGGUGGGCGGCGCCGCGGCGCACCGCUACGACCUGGGCGGCCUGGUGAUGGUCAAGGACAACCACGUGGCGGCCGCCGGCGGAGUGGCCGAGGCGGUGCGGCGGGCCCGGGAGGCGGCCAGCUUCACCCUGAAGGUGGAGGUGGAGUGCGGCAGCCUGCAGGAGGCGCUGCAGGCGGCGGAGGCCGGAGCGGACCUCGUGCUGCUGGACAACUUGGUGCCGGAGGAGCUGCACCCCACGGCCCAGGCGCUGAAGGCCCGGUUCCCGCGCGUGGGCGUGGAGGCCAGCGGGGGCAUCACGCUGGACAACCUGCCCCGCUUCUGCGGGCCGCACGUGGACGUCAUCUCGCUGGGGAUGCUGACCCAGGCCGCGCCGGCGCUGGACUUCUCCCUGAAGCUGUUUGCCGAGGGGGCCGCCCCCGAGCCCCGCGCCCGCCCGUCCUGA